AUGGCCUUCGCUCAGCUCUCUGCCAUCGUCGCUCUCGCUCUCGGCGCCGCUCAGGUCGCCAAGGCUGCACCCCCGCCGAAGGUUACCUGCGCUGACGGAAACGUCACCGCAAACGCCGUCUGCUGCCAGCUCUUCCCUGUUGUGGCUAACCUUCAGCAGAAUUUGUUCGACGGUGCUCAAUGCGGUGAAGAGGCCCACUCUGCUCUUCGUCUGUCGUUCCACGACGCUAUUGGAUUUUCCCUCACCCGUAAGGGUGGAGGAGCUGACGGUUCUAUUUUGGUCUUUAACGCCACUGAAGAGGCAUUUCACGCCAACAUUGGGAUCGACGAGAUCACCGCCGAUCAAUUCCCUGUCUUCCAGACCACUAAUCUCUCUGCUGGAGACUUCGUCCAUUUGGCGGCUGCUGUCGGCACGGCGAACUGCCCAGGUGCUCCUCAGUUGGACUUCUUCUUCGGUCGGGCCCCUCCCUUGGGCCCCGCUGCUGAUUUGACCGUUCCGGAGCCUACUGACAACGUCACCGCCAUCUUGGCUAGGUUCGCCGAUGCCGGGUUUGCCCCCGACGAGGUUGUUGCACUCCUGUCUUCCCACACCGUGGCGGCUGCGGACGAGAUCGACACGACUAUCCCAGGAACUCCGUUUGACACGACGCCUUUCACCUUCGACACUCAGUUCUUCGUUGAGACCUUGCUGGUCGGCACAUUGUUCCCUGGCAACGGCUCGCAAGCUGGUGAAGUGCUGUCGCCCAUCCCCGGAGAGAUGCGUCUUUUUAGUGACUCCGUUCUCGCUCGUGACCCACGGACGGCCUGCAUGUGGCAGGAGAUGAUCAACGACCAGACUCGCAUGCAGACCCUUUUCAAGGCUGCUAUGCACAAGCUUGAGCUUCUUGGUCAGCCCGACACCCUCGUCGACUGCUCCGAUGUUGUUCCUGUUCCCGCCCCAUUCACUGGUUCUGCCGUCUUCCCCGCCACUUUCAACAUGAGUGACAUCCAGCAAGCUUGCGAUACCGUGCCGUUCCCGACCCUCGAGACCCUCCCUGGCCCCGAGACCUCAGUCCCGCCCGUUCCCGGCUCUUAG